GCGGCUACGUAGGAGUGAUUAGCCCACAACAGACGUUGCAUAAAUUUCAGCUCCGCCUAGCCGGAACUUGCAGACGCGCCAGACGUUGUAGGGGCUGUGUCGUUGUUGAGGAGACUCGACGGGUUUGGACUUGCGGUAUUUUCGCACUCGCUAACAGGUCAAAAUGCAAAUCUUCGUGAAGACCCUGACCGGCAAGACCAUCACCCUGGAGGUGGAGCCCAGUGACACCAUUGAGAAUGUUAAAGCCAAGAUCCAGGAUAAGGAAGGCAUCCCCCCUGACCAGCAGAGGCUCAUCUUUGCAGGCAAGCAGCUGGAAGAUGGCCGCACUCUUUCUGAUUACAACAUCCAGAAAGAGUCCACCCUGCACCUGGUCCUGCGUCUGAGGGGUGGUAUGCAGAUCUUCGUGAAGACCCUGACCGGCAAGACCAUCACCCUGGAGGUGGAGCCCAGUGAUACCAUUGAGAAUGUGAAGGCCAAGAUCCAGGAUAAGGAAGGCAUCCCUCCCGACCAGCAGAGGCUCAUCUUUGCAGGCAAGCAGCUGGAAGAUGGCCGCACUCUUUCUGAUUACAACAUCCAGAAAGAGUCUACCCUGCACCUGGUCCUGCGUCUGAGGGGUGGUAUGCAGAUCUUCGUGAAGACCCUGACCGGCAAGACCAUCACCCUGGAGGUGGAGCCCAGUGAUACCAUUGAGAAUGUGAAGGCCAAGAUCCAGGAUAAGGAAGGCAUCCCUCCCGACCAGCAGAGGCUCAUCUUUGCAGGCAAGCAGCUGGAAGAUGGCCGCACUCUUUCUGAUUACAACAUCCAGAAAGAGUCUACCCUGCACCUGGUCCUGCGCCUGAGGGGUGGUAUGCAGAUCUUUGUGAAGACCCUGACCGGCAAGACCAUCACCCUGGAGGUGGAGCCCAGUGAUACCAUUGAGAAUGUGAAGGCCAAGAUCCAGGAUAAGGAAGGCAUCCCUCCCGACCAGCAGAGGCUCAUCUUUGCAGGCAAGCAGCUGGAAGAUGGCCGCACUCUUUCUGAUUACAACAUCCAGAAAGAGUCCACCCUGCACCUGGUCCUGCGUCUGAGGGGUGGUAUGCAGAUCUUCGUGAAGACCCUGACCGGCAAGACCAUCACCCUGGAGGUGGAGCCCAGUGAUACCAUUGAGAAUGUGAAGGCCAAGAUCCAGGAUAAGGAAGGCAUCCCUCCCGACCAGCAGAGGCUCAUCUUUGCAGGCAAGCAGCUGGAAGAUGGCCGCACUCUUUCUGAUUACAACAUCCAGAAAGAGUCCACCCUGCACCUGGUCCUCCGUCUGAGGGGUGGCUGUUAAUUCUUCAGUUUUGCAUUCAUAGUGCCAGUGAUGGCACUACUGCAUUCUAGCCAUUUGCCCCAAUUUAAGUUUAGAAAUUACCAGUUCAGUAAUAACUGAAUCUGUUCAAAAUGUUAAUAAAAGUUUUGUUGCAUGGUAGCAUA